AUGGUAAUGGUUAACCGACACCAGGAUGCCGACCAUAUUAUCGAUCAACAUCGACAAGAAGAUCUGGCAGUGGAAAAUAAUUUGACAACUAUUGUCGAAAGGAUUAUGGCUAGAAAUGGCAUGAGUGCUACAUUACAAAGGCCAUUAUAUGUGUCCCGGUUAGCUGAAUUCAUUCUCCAAGCUAAGGCGCCUAGGGGGAUGAAAGUGCCAAAGUACACAAAAUUUGGGGGAGAAUCUGGUGAAUCGACAAUAGAGCAUGUCGCCAGAUACCUAACAGAGUCAGGGGAUUUAGCUCAUAACGAAUGUUUAAGAGUAAAAAACUUCCCCUCCUUUCUAACCACGGCUGCCUUCACAUGGUUUACGUCGUUGGCCCCUAGUUCAAUCGACUCAUGGGGCAAAUUAGAAAAGAAGUUCCAUGAACAGUUUUACGAAGGACAUUCCAAAAUCAGUUUGGCAGAGUUGUCCAGUAUUAAGAGAAGGUUUGUUGAAAGUAUAGAUGAUUAUUUGAAUCGUUUUAGGUCCUUAAAAGCUAGGUGCUUUACGCAAGUGCCAGAACAUGAACUAGUUCAAAUGGCCGCGGGGGGUUUAGAUUAUUCCAUUAGGAAGAAGAUAGAUCCAACAUUUGUGAAAAGUAUGUCACAACUAGCCGACAGAGUCCGACAUCUCGAACGACUAAGGCUAGAAAAAUUUAGGCACAAUAAGUCUAAAAAGGAAAAGGUAGCGUUUGUCGAAUACGACGCGACAGACCCAAUACGUGAGGUCGAUUAUGCUUCAUCGACCGAAUUAGAAAUCAACGUGACUGAAUUAAAGCCAGGGUCCGCCUAUGAGUGCCGCUCAUUGUUGCCUGCGCAAGGCAAGAAUCCUAUCGAAAAUAGCUCAAAAUUCCCUUCGAAAACUUAUACUUUCAACGUGUCGAAGUGUGAGGAAAUUUUUGACUUAUUAGUCAAAGAUGGGGCAGAUGGUGGUACCGCCUGGUACUAA